GUCGCUGGAACGCGCCAGUUGAUAGCUGUCAAAACGCGCGCAACUCGGCGAGCGAGGGAAAAAUCGCAGAGUCGAAAAUACGACGAUAUCUUGUUGACGUACGCCCGUUUGUAUAGUAUCGACAAAAAUAAUACCGCUUUCAGCUGUGAUCCGCGACAAUAUUAACACAAACAAUUGUAAAUGAAACAUACAUUAUUAUUGUUCCUUACGUAAUGUGCGCUAAAGUAUGAUAAAAACAGAAUGUGUUCAGUUUUAUCGUAAUAUAAAUAGUGCUGUGUGUAAAUUGUAAUAUUUCGAAUUAUGACUGUUUGAGCACACGUGUAGUGCUGUAAUCGAUUUGCAUCCAUAAUGUCGCUGAAGAAAGAGUCCCGCACGGAUGUGCAGUUCCACCUCGCAGCGCUCAGAGGAGACUGCGACCGGUUGCGGCAGCUGCUCGACACAGGGAAGGUGCACAUCGACUCCAGGGACAGGGACGGCACGACCCCGCUGAUCCUGUCAGCUGCGAUGGGUCACACGGAGUGCGUGCGCGAGCUGCUGGCGCAGGGCGCCGACCCGGCCUGCAGCAGGACGACAGGAACGAGUGCGCUGUUCUUCGCGGCGCAGGGCGGGUUCCUGGACAUCGCGCGAUUACUGCUCGACUCAGGAGCUGCCAUCGACGCUCCUAGCAUGGACGGUGGCACGCCGCUGUUCGUGGCGUGCCAGUGCGGUCACCUGCCAGUCGUCGACGAGCUCAUCCGGAGGGGAGCCAACGUCAACUCUUGUAUGAAGGACAAAGCGAGUCCCUUGUUCAUAGCGGCCCAGAACGGGCACGAGGACGUGUGCGCGGCGCUGGUGUCGGCCGGCGCCGCCGUGGACGCGCCGCGCGCCGACCGCGCCACGCCGCUGUGGAUCGCCGCGCAGUGCGGCCACCAGCACGUCGCGCGCAGACUGCUGGCCGCCGGCGCGGGGCCCGACCACGUGCGACAGGUACCUACCUACAGGCUAGUGUCGGCCGGCGCGGGGCCCGACCACGUGCGACAGGUACCUACCUACAGGCUAGUGUCGGCCGGCGCGGGGCCCGACCACGUGCGACAGGACGGAGCUACUCCUCUCUUCAAAGCAGCCCACAAGGGCCACGCCGCGGUCGUUGUAGAACUGCUCAAAUACAAACCAAACCUUGGAUUGCUUCCCAACGGUCAGUCGGCCCUCCACGGCGCAGCGAUGUUCGGGCAGAUGUCGUGCGUGCGGCUGCUGGCGCGGCGCUCGCGGCUGUCGCUGCGCAACGCGGGCGGCCUCACGGCGCUGCAGGCCGCCGCCGCCGCCCGCAAGCACGACGUCGUCGCCUACCUGCGCCGCCUCGAACACGAACUCGCGCAAACAUGAUGCCGGCCCGCUCCGUCCUCCCCGGGCUCUUGAACGUUAUUGUCUUACUAAUUAGGAACUGUCAUUUAGUGCUAGUUAUUCUUCGACAAUAUCCGUUGUCCUUACAAAACAAUGUGAUAAGGAACUUUUAUUUUCAAUGAAAUAUAUUAAUAAUUUUACCCGCAAAUGAAAUGUGCACUUAGUACAUUUUUAUACAAUAACGCAAUCUUAAAUGACAGCUCCCAAGUAACAGACGAAUCAUUUGUUAUAAAUCUCACCCGUGGAUAAUAUCGAUCUGCAUACAAUCUCGUAUUCCUAACUAUAGUUACUAAAACUGAAUAUUUUGUAUGAUGUACUCGCAGCCAUACUCGUAUAGCUUUACCCACUCGCCUUAUGCAAUACCUCACCUGUUACUAAAUAGUUAUACAUUCAUUCUACCCUUGUAAACGAUAGCAACAUUUACAACUGUUUAUAAAUACGAAUCAAAAUAGGGAAGUCACCUCUUAACCAGUGGAACAUUAAAUUUUAAUGAAGAUUAUUUGCCCGGGAAAUUAACCUCGACAAUUAAAUUUUAAUGAAAAUUAUUUGCCCGGGAAAUUAACUUCGACAAUAUUGCCACCGUUUACAGAUGACGUGAACAAGUUCUAAAUAAAAAUUGGAUUUAUUGUUGGUGCUGAUUUAGUCAAUAAGCGAUAUGUAAACAUGUUUUAAUUUAACACUAGUCAACUUGUGUCGGUCAUUACAGUUUCUGACCUACAAUGAAAAAUAAAACAGAUUAUAAUCAAUUAAACGAAUAUGUCAGAAGUUGUAGAUGACCGCCAAACGUCUUAAUCACUAUAGCUUGUACGACAAAAAUGUAUUUUUCAUACAAUCACAUACACAACUAGUUGGUAAGGUUACUGUUGUAUUGUUAUAGUAUUUAGGCUAAGUGAAGUAUUUAUUUGUAUUAUAACGUCACCAUUUAUAAUGUAGUCGUCGCUCAAUUGUAUAUUAAAUUGUAUCGUGUUUAGUUGUGGUAUUCUCAAUUAAGAAUCUCGUUUUAAUUUUGGGACGUAUUUCGAUUUUACGCUAGACCUGUGUAUAUAAUCUCGUGUCAAUAGUCGUUCCUCUAACAACACAAUAGUUCCAUAAUGGUCAAUUAUUUUAAUAAAAUGGUUUUAGGGAUAACUCACCAAAUAAACAUGAUAUUUAACUCAUAACAUAUGAUUACAUAGCAUAAUACAUGUGUCGGUGUAGAUGUAAGUUUCCACAAUGUUGUUAUGUUAUAAAGUAUGAACAGUACAGUUGAUUUUUUUAAAUAUAAAGUUUUACUUAUAAACUCUGUAUUCAUUUU